GAUGAAAAGGUCAUUUAUUCACAACAAAAUUGCAUAGAUCAUACUCAAUCCAAAAAAAUGGAAUCAUCACAAAAUCUCAUAUAGGCUUAAAUGACAGUAUGAUCUCAAAUACGAAGUAAUUAGCAAGUGAUUGAAACCCAAAAGUCAUACUCUAUUAGUUUUUGGGAGGUGUAGAACAAAAAAUUUCAAACCAAUGGCUGUAUGGUCAACCAAGAAUCUUCAACACCCAGCGUUCGGGUCAAUCUUUUUCUGCUCAGAUUAAUAAAAUUCAUACAAAGCACCGAGUGGAACGGCCAUUGGAACAUUUUUCUUCGUAUCUUCCAUAGAUUCGCCACCUUAAUUAAACUAUAUUCGCAGCCUUUGCUUCUCUUACCUCAUUUAUUCUAGUUCAUGUGAUCAUGGUUAGUGCCCUCUGGUUGUUCCUGGCCAUUCACUUCAUUUCAGCACUCUGCUCCGCCGUCGACAGAAUCCCAAAAACCCUUCAGCUCAGAGACGGCGAAACCAUAACUUCCGCCGGGAAGAAAUUCUCACUGGGAUUCUUCAGUCCAAACGGAACAACAAACAGAUACGUCGGAAUAUGGUACAGUACCAUUUCUCCCCAAUCAGUUGUCUGGGUGGCGAACCGGAAGAAUCCAAUCCCGGACCGGAACGGCACUUUCGGAAUCUCCGGCGACGGAAACUUCGCCGUUUUAGACGGAAGAAACGUUUCCGUUUGGAGAACUAACGUCUCUGUGACUUCAGAGAAUGCGACUAUGGUCCUAAAGGAUGACGGCGAUCUAGUUCUCUGCACAAACCCAGAGAAGAUAAACGGAGUUUUAUGGAGAAGUUUCACCGAUCCGACGGACACGUUCUUGCCGGAGAUGAGAGCAAACGUUUCCGACGGAGAACGGAAAAUCCUCAGUUCUUGGACCAGUCCCGGAGACCCUUCACCGGGGAGAUUCUCCAUGGGGAUUGACCCGAGAGCCUCGCCGCAGAUCGUGGUAUGGGACGGAGAUAAACGGAGAUGGCGAAGCGGCCACUGGAACAGAGUGAACUUCCUGGGAUUACCAAAUCUGAGGGCAAUUUCGAAAUACGGGUUUAAUGUGUAUGGUGACAAUGGCGGCUACAUCGAAUACACACCGUCCAACAGUUCAGAUUUCAUGAGGUUUACAAUUGAUUGGGAAGGGAACGAGGUGCAACAGAGGUGGGACGAAAGCAUAAAGCAAUGGAAACAGAUUCAAUCUCAACCCGCUGAUGAUCCCUGCGGCUUCUACAACCGGUGUGGGAAAUUUGCGAAAUGCGCUACUUCAUCAGCUCCGGUAAAGUUUAGUUGCAGCUGCGUGGAUGGAUUCGUGCCCAACAAUGGGCCAGAGGGGGGCUGUAUCAGGAGGACUAAAUUGCAAUGCGGGAGAAACAGCAGUGAAGGCGAUGGCGGAAAGGAUGGGUUUCGCGAAGUUGUUCGUAUCAAAUUGCCGGAUUUUGCAGAUGCUGAGAGCGAUGCAGUCAAUGAAGAAGAUUGCAGAAAGAAGUGUGAAGGGGAUUGCAGUUGCAAUGCAUUUGCUUUUGUCUAUGGUAUCCCUUGCAUGAUAUGGAGGACUGAUUUGGUUGAUAUGCAGCAGUUUGAAAAGGGGAGUGGGAGCACCCUGUUUCUACGCCUUGCUCGCUCUGAAUUAGGUGAUAAAAAGAAGAGAAGGACAAUUAUUGUUGCAACCUCUGUCGCCGCUGCAGCUUCUACAAUAAUCCUUGUUACCUUAGCCAUUUGGAUACUCUAUAAGCGGAAAUCAAAAAGGAAGAAGGAUGAAGCGCUGCAAAGUGAGCUGCCUAGCAGUGGAGAAUCCUCCACGGAUUUGUCAGAUGGGACAUGUCCACUUGCUGUCGAAGGGAAUCACGGAACUGGAUCGGACCUCGCGAGCUUCACCUUUACUGCCAUGGCAAUAGCUACUAAUCACUUUUCACACGAAAACAAGUUGGGUCAAGGAGGAUUUGGCCAUGUUUACAAGGGAGUGCUACCCUGUGGUCAAGAAGUAGCUGUAAAACGACUCUCAAGAAAGUCCAACCAAGGCAUGCAGGAGUUCAAAAAUGAGCUUACAGUGAUAGCUAGGUUACAACACAGAAAUCUUGUUAGACUUUUGGGUUGUUGCGUUGAAGGAGAAGAAAAGAUGCUACUUUAUGAAUACAUGCCAAACAAGAGCUUAGACUCUUUCAUAUUUGAUUCGGUAAAAAGGGGAGAGUUGAACUGGAGAAAACGUUACCAAAUCAUUGAAGAGAUUGCAAGAGGGUUACUAUAUCUUCAUCGGGAUUCAAGAUUAAGGAUAAUUCAUAGAGACUUGAAGGCAAGUAACAUUCUACUCGAUAGCGAGAUGAACCCAAAAAUUUCAGACUUUGGCAUGGCUAGAAUAUUUGGAGGUAACCAAAAUGAAGAAAAUACAAACAGGGUUGUAGGCACAUAUGGCUAUAUGGCUCCGGAGUAUGCAAUGGAAGGCCUAUUUUCAGUGAAAUCUGAUGUCUACAGCUUUGGCGUCUUGCUAUUAGAGAUCGUUAGUGGACGAAGGAACAAUAGUUUUCGCUCUAGCUACCACUCGGGCAUCGUAGAAUAUGCAUGGGAGCAAUGGGAUCAAGGCAAACCAAUGAACCUAAUGGACCCUUUAAUCUUUAAGUCAUGUGUACCACCACAAGUGUUGAGAUGCAUACAAAUAGGUCUGCUUUGCGUUCAAGACUUGGCCGUUCACAGGCCAAACAUGUCAUCAAUUGUAUUGUUUCUUGAGACUGAUGAUGUUACUCUGCCAGCACCCAGACCGCCUACCUAUACAGCAUCCAUGAGAAGAUUAGAUGGUGUUGAUUCCUGGAAUCAGGAUGAUGAUCUUCUUAGUUCGAAUAGCCUCACUCUUAGUGUGAUAGUUGGUAGAUGAAUUUGUUACUUUUCUUCUUUUUUACCUCAUCAUGUGAGGUAAAUUUUGUCAUUUUCGAAUAGCCUCAUUUUUUACCUCAUCUUCGAAUAAUAAAUUUUGUCAUUUUAUUAUUCCCAGUACUAGGCUACUGGCUAACAUUGUGUAAAGCAUAAUUUUUGUAAAAUAUUUCAUUCUUAUAAAGAUACGAAUCUCAUUUAAAAUUUAUUGAGAGGACUUUUUGCUGCA